AUGCCCUCUUUCGAGCCGCUCCAGAACGACCUUCUCUUACGAACUGCUCGUGGCGAGAAGGUAGAACGCCCGCCAUGCUGGGUUAUGCGUCAAGCUGGUCGUUAUCUGCCCGAGUACCACAAGGCGAAAGGCAAUCGUGACUUCUUCGAAUGCUGUCGGACUCCCGAGAUUUGUUGUGAACUUACACUACAGCCAAUUGACCGGUAUGCGGGCCUGGUCGACGCAGCCAUUAUCUUCUCAGAUAUCCUUGUUAUACCGCAAGCCAUGGGAAUGGAGGUAGUCAUGCUUGAUGGCAAAGGUCCUCAUUUCCCCGAUCCGCUUGACACGCCUGCGGACGACCAGUACCGCGAGGUCAUGGAGCGGAAGGUAGACGUGAAAGAAAGCCUUCAAUACGUCUACGACGCAAUUACCCUGACUCGCACGAAAUUGAAAGGCCGAGUUCCACUCUAUGGUUUCUGCGGAGCACCAUUCACCCUCAUGUGCUACAUGGUAGAAGGUGGUGGGAGCAAGAUUUUCCGCCAGACCAAGACCUGGAUCUACAAAUAUGCUCAAGAAGCUAAAGCGCUGCUUCAAAAGAUUGCAGAACUCUGCGUCGAGUACCUAGCACAGCAAGUCGUGGCCGGCGCUCAGAUCAUCCAAGUUUUCGAUUCAUGGGCAGGUGAAUUAAGCCCUGCUUCUUUUAAAGAAGUUUCGUUGCCCUACCUCGAAUACAUUGCGGAUAAUCUUCCUCGCAGGCUUCAAGAGCUUGGUCAAGAGGUUGUACCGAUGGUGGUCUUUGCAAAAGGUGCCUGGUACGCUCUUCAAGAUCUCUGCAAGACUAAGUACGAUGUGAUCGGGCUGGACUGGCUGCAUGACCCAGCAACGGCGUACGCUAUCGCGCAGAAGCAUGGCAAGGUCUUGCAAGGAAAUGCCGACCCAGGUGUGCUAUAUGGCGGUCAUGCCGCGAUCACGGAAGCGGUCGAGACUAUGGUCCGUGGGUUUGGCAAUGGAAAACAUGGGUGGAUCGCCAACUUAGGACAUGGAAUCACACCUUUCGUCAACCCGGAUGAGCUGAAGUUCUACUUUGAAGAAAUUCACCGCAUUUCAGGUAUCUAA